CUUGGCUAGUCCCCAAACUCGUAAUAGAACAUAAAUAAGGGAAAUUGGAAUAAUAUUAUGGCCUGACCUUAACCUGGUUCACAUAAUGCGUUCUGGUGUCCGCCAUCUUGGUUUACAUACUACGGGUGCGCCAAUAAUUGUGCUGCUGUUUUGUAGUUUGAUAUCAUUUGAAAUUAUGUAACCUCAAUAAUGUACAUUAUUCUGUCAGACAACAUAUAGAGUGUCUCAAGACAAAAAAGACUAUUAUUAAAAUCUUGAAAAAAAAGCUGUAUUUUCUAAACAGCGUUUUCAGGUUUUGGCCUUUCAAGUUUUAUGUCAAUCAAUUUACACUUACUUGUGAUAUUAAGGAAAAACGAAUAAUUCAACUACAUUGACCGUUUCUUAUGUAUAUUCCAGCUAAUAUGCUGCUACAUGUGAGGAUGGAUGUCCAAGACAAAUGAAAAUAUUUGAAUACAUGAAAAUGAAUCAUUUCCUAUAAUUGAUUUUUUGAUUGAAUCAUCUAGAACAGUGAUUCUUAAACAGUGGGGCGCGUCCCACAAGAGGGGCAUAGACAACUGUUUGAGGGGGCGUGAAGCUAAUUCAAAAUCAAAAUAUUUGUUAGAUUUGAUUUUGCCUGCCUUAUUUUGCAUAUUUGCAUUUCCUAUUUUGUCAGCCAAAAACGGCUGUACUAAUAAAAAUAGCAAAUUUUGCUUGGUUUUGAAUCUUUUCAUUUAUUACAUUAUUUUCAACAUGUUUUUUGAACAAAACAUACUUGCGCCUUACUAACUGUCAAUAAUUGUAGCUUAUUGUUAGCUAGUUAUUUCUGAGGUGGGGCGCGAGAGUUGACAAAUUCUACAAAGGCAAGACCUGAAAAGUUUGAGAACCACUGGACUAAAAUAUUUGAAUUUAAAAAUUUGCCAUCUUGAGCAUUUGAUAUCUGUCUGUCUGACAAAAAUAAACAAACUUCGGUGCUCCUGAAGUAUGCGAACCAAAAUGGCGUACAUCGAAACGUAGCAAGGUUAGGGUUAGGCCAUAAUUUAAUUCCAAUUUCCCUUAUUUUAGAGUUCGAAGACUAGCCAAGUGCCUCUCGUAGUAUUUGUACCUAAAAUUAUGGCCUAACCCCAACCUAGUACACAUAUUACAUUCCGAUGUCCGCCAUCUUGGUUCGCAUACUUCAGGAGCCCCCAAACUUCUAAUAAUGUAUUAGGAAAUUAAUGUCAUUCAAAAAAUGUUUAAUUGAACCAUUCUGUAUUUAUUUUUCAAUGGUUUCUGUUCAUCAUUUUAGAACAUAUUCACUAUUUCAUAUUCAAUUGGGUCAUCCCUGUGACAUGACAUCGCACAAUGUUUUGCAUUUCCUGUGAUAAUGAUAUUUGUAUUUUUACACAAUUAUUUGUGCCAAGGACCAUUUGCUUGAAUUAACAUUUUUAUGAACAUAACUUGAGUGACAGACUACACAUAUUCAUUAAAACAGCGCAAUUUUUACAUUUCAUUAAAAAACAUUCUGAAUCAGCUUUUUGUGAAUCAUCUUAACUAAUGGGUGGAAAGAGUUAACGUAUGUAUUUAUCUGGUAUUAUACUUGGAUCUCAAGAACAAGAAUCUCAUCUUUACAAAUCUCAACAAAAGUUAUUUAUGAUUCUGUUCUAGGUCACCACUAUGGAAUUUAUGUUAUUGUUUUCUUGAUGCAUAAAGUCAUAUUUUUGGUUAAAAAAAAAUUGGUAAAUAAAUUUUUGCACGAGACUGUACGUGAUUUUCCAUUCAAAACAGUAGUACCACUGAAAUAAUGAAGUGUGUACUACACUUCACUGAGUAUCGGAUAAGAUAGUUUACAUCCCACUUGCUGUAACAAUUUAUAAUUUCUCCAAGUGUUAAAGACCCCUCGAUUAAGAGCAAAUAUGCAGUUAUGUCAAUGUGCCCUCCUGCAUCGGUCUUUUGGUUCUUGCUCAAGCGAGCCUUACAGAGUGCUAUUAAUAUUAAAAUGCAGAGAUCUGGUCAGUUGGUUUGUUUGUCAAAGCAUUAUCAUUCCAAUUAGCCUCUUUGCUGCUCUCAACUUUUGUCAUAAUUUGUGCCACUUUGGUUCUUUUGUAAGUCGUUUAACAAGGCCAUUUGUUUGUUUUAAAUUAGAUUCUUAAUUAAGCCUAAAGAGCGUGCUUGUUCAUGAUAACAUUGUCAAAGCUGCCCAGUUUUGGAUGUCAAUUCAACAUUGUUUUGCUCGCAAGAAGAAUCUUCGUAAGAGCUAAAUCAGACAUGGAUGUGAAGGUGGAGAACCAAGACAUUGAUAUUGAAGCAUCAUCUCAAAGUUUCAAAGAGAUAACGGAGGGAAGAGCAAAGAUUCUUUGUGAAAAUUCAAAUAAUGUAUUUUAUAACAAUGUUCAGGAGUUUAACAGAGAUAUCACGAUUGCUGCAAUAACAGAAUUUGCAAAGGAAGAACUCAAUAAGAAAGACAUUGAAGCUGUAGAAUAUCACAAAGAUGCAAAAAAUAUUGUUCAACUCAACGAUGAAAAUGGAGGAAGGAGGAAAGUUUAUCCUGGUGAAAAAUGUGAGGAAGGUAUCAGAAUACUGGAAGCCCUAUCAGCAACUGGUCUACGAUCUGUUCGACUUGCUAAAGAGGUGCCUGGAGUCAAAGAAAUAAUUGCAAAUGAUCUUUCGAAAAGCGCAGUUGAAGCAAUUCAAAGAAAUAUUGAACACAAUAAAGUACAAAAUCUGGUAACAGCCAAUGAAGAUGACGCCAGCAUUCUCAUGUACAAUCAUAAAGCUGGAAGAAAGGCUGCUUUUGAUGUCAUAGAUCUCGAUCCUUAUGGCACUGCUUCACCGUUCUUAGAUGCUGCAGUACAGGCUGUGAGACCUCAAGGUCUUCUGUGCGUCACUUGCACUGACAUGGCAGUGCUGGCUGGCAACACUCCUGAAUCAUGUUGGGCAAAAUAUAGAUCAAUGCCGCUGAAAACAAAAGCUUGUCAUGAACAGGCUCUUCGUAUUCUUCUUGGAGCCAUAGAACAGCAUGCAAAUAGAUAUUCAAGAUACAUUGAACCAUUACUUUCUGUGAGCGUUGAUUUCUACAUCAGAGUAUUUGUCAAAGUUCAUUUUGGACUAGCGAAAGUAAAGAUGUCGGCAAGAAAGCAAGCUUAUGUAAUAAGAUGUGGAGGAUGUUCAAGUUUCCAUAUGCAACCUGUUGGCGAAGUUAUUAAAACUAAGAACGGCGAGAAACAUAUACCUGGUCUGGGACCUCCUGUUGGAAGAAAAUGUGAAUUAUGUGGACAUAAGAAUUCUGUGGGAGGGCCAAUAUGGGCAGCACCAUUGUACAACACAGAUUUCUUACAUAAAGUCCGAUCAUCUGUGAAAGCGUUUCCUGAACGAUUGAAUACGUCGAGUAGAAUAAAUGGAUUUUUAACUAUGAUGUUGGAAGAAUUACCUGAUAUUCCCCUUCAUUAUGUUUCUGAUGAAUUAUCAAGCGUGAUGAAAUGUAGCUGCCCACCUGAAGUAAUGUUAAGGUCAGCGAUUAUGAAUGCUGGCUACAGAGUGUCUUCAUUCCAUGGAAGGAAGUCUUCAAUUAAAACAGAUGCACCUCCUAAUGUUAUAUGGGAUAUUAUGAAAGCAUGGUUUGAAUCCUGUGAUAAUAAUAAAAAGAAAAAGUUGAAGGAAGGCACUCCUGUACAUGCGUUGGUCACCAGAACUUCAACGACAGAGAAAAUAGAUUUUACAAAACGAGACGAUGCCAUAUCUGAGUCAAAAAAGAAAGGGGUCGUCAGGUUUCCUACAUUGCCUGAUUACUGGGGACCAAAAGCAAGGGCGAAAGAAGGGAGUGAUGGAGAGAUGGGACCUUCGGAAUAUUUGAGAGAAAAAAGUAAGAAAUUUCAAGGAAAGAGGAAAAACAAAAAUGAAGAGACGACAGAAAAGAAAUUAAAAAUGGAUGAUGAAGUCCAACCUGAGACAGUUGUAGAAUGAACAGAUGUUGUUUGACCUCGGGGAGUAUGGAGACUCUGUAUCCUAGAUGCAAAGAAUGGAUUGAAGACCAAACACUGUCGAAGAUG